CAAACCUGGCCCUGGGAGUCUCUGCACCGAGGACAAGAUGAUUAGCUCUAAGUCCAGCCACGUCCUAGGAAUGAGGGUGCCAUCGGAGUCUGAACACCUCUCUGAACUGCAGCGGGAAUUAGAGAAGGGUCGCAGCUCAGUGAGUGGAUUAACCAUGAGGAGCAGAACGGGGACACGGAGCGAUUCGGUCACCGCGGCCUCCGCCUCUGUGGGGAAGGACGACCCUACAGCCAACUUGUUCCCGCCACCGUUGCCCCAGCCUGGCAUCUGCAUGUGGAAAUAUCUGGAUAUUCAUUCCAUGCAAAGGCUGGAGAAGACAACCACCCUAGAGGAGAUGAGGGAGGUACUGGCUGAGCUCUUGGAGCUUGGCAGUCCUCAACAGAGCCUGCGGGAUGCCAUCACCCUGGACCUCUUCUUCUACGCACUCAUCUUCUGCCGCCAGCAGGGCUUCUCACUAGAGCAGAUGUCAGCGGCUUGUGCCAUGCUCCAAGAUCUUCACAAGGCCUGUGUUGCAACCCCUUUGGGCAACGUGGAGGAAUGCUACCGCUACUUUACCAGUGUUCUUUUUUGCCAUGGAGUCAGGCGCCCUCCCUUCAGCAUUGACCUCUUUAAGGAGGAACAGCUGCUGGCACUAGCCGACUAUGUGGUCAACACCUACUUCCGCCACUUCAAGCUCUACAAAUACGUCUUCACACCCCAGGUGCGGCUGGAUCUCUCUUUGGCUUACGUAGGGCUAGAGCCGUGUAAGCCCUGGCUAGAGGCAAAAGAAGGCAGCGGUGAAGAGGAGGUGGAGGAAGAGCCAGUUAUCCCAGAGGCAGAAGAACCAGAGGAAGAAGUGGAGCUAGAGCAAAAGACAAACAAGGUCUGUACCCUCCAAACCUACAUCAAGACUCAGCUGAAUAAGGAGUUGGGACAACUCCAGCAGGUGAUGGAGGAACAACUUAAGGCCAGUGAGGACAGGCUUAACAGCAAAUUGAAUGCACUGGAGCGACCCAACCAGCCACCACCCAGCAAAGGCAAGAACAAGACGAAGUGA